CAUUUUACGAUGGGAUAAUGAGACAGAUGUCUCUCAACUGGAAGGACAUUUUGACAUUGUUAUGUGUGCUGACUGCCUGUUUCUGGACCAAUACAGAGCUAGCCUGGUGGAUGCAAUAAAGAGAUUACUUCAUCACAGUGGGAAAGCUCUGAUAUUUGCUCCACUUAGAGGAGAUACUCUAAACCAGUUUUGCAGUCUAGCUGAAAAGGCUGGUUUUUCUAUCCAAAGACAUGAAAAUUAUGAUGAACACAUCUCAAACUUCCACUCCAAGAACAUGAAAUACCAGAAGAGAUGCUCAGAGUGCUGUUGGAGGAAGAUGAAGAGUGAAUCUAACCAAAUACAAAUAAUAGCCCAUUUUAGGAUUACAUCAUAGUGAUAACAGCAACAAAAGGUAGCUUUUUUUCUGCUCUUAUCACACCCACAGAUAGCUGUCCAAUAGCCCUUUUUAGACUGACUUGUUUAUUUGCAGGAGGAGAGAAGCCACAGGACCACCUGCAAGGCCACUGGGAGGAAUAUUGUAGACAUCUGGUGGAUAAAGUCAUUCAGAUUCAUUUGAAGUUGAACUCUCAUUGAGUAUGUCCUGUU